AACGAAGCUUCUGCGACCGCCUUAACUGGGGGGAAGUUUAACGAGACUCACGCAAACCGAGUCCUCAAAGGCCCAGAGUUGGCAGGAAUCCUUAAGGGUGAAAAUGCAAAGGACUUGGUCGACAACUUUGAGUUUGUGUAUGUUGCGGGCCACAAAAACCGCGAGUUGACAAUGUUCCAUCCAGAAUCCAAAACUUUAUUUGAGGCUGAUUUUCUCUUCAAUAUCAAGUCAAAAAGUGAGCUGUAUGGUAAGGUAAACCCAACUAAGGGCUUGGGGUUCUUUGCUCGCUAUUUGCAGCCGUACUCAGCCGUGGGAAAAUGGCUCUCCGGGAGAUUGCUUAGUUCCGCCGAACAGGGUAACCGUGAUGCCAUUAGUGCUAUUGCUUCUUGGGAUUUUGAACGCAUUGUGAUGUGCCACGGUGAGGUGAUUGAAGGGAAAAACGAGAGCAGACUGGCAUUUGACUCGGUCUACGGCCAUUUCUACAAGUAA